CUACCACAACUACAACUACCACUACCACGACUAGACCUACCAAAACUACAACUACAACAACUACACCUACCACGACUACAACAACUACAACUAAACCUACCACAACUACAACCACACCUAGUACAACAACAACAACAACAACAACAACACCAGCACCAGCACGUCCUCUGCCAACUGUUGCCAUGCAGAUUGUCAUUGUGUAUGUGUAUGUUCCACAGCUGUCAGACCAUCAAAGUCCAGAAUUUAAAAGCCUAGCUACAAAAGUAGAGACUAUGUUUAAUGAAGUCUAUAAAAAAAAGUUUGGGGAUCGUUUCAUCAGGACCAUCGUGAUUUCUUUCAUACCUGUUGCCAGGUCCCGGGCAGAAUCAAACGUACAGGCGGAGGUAGAGUUGGUGUUUAGUGACACGUCGACUGAACCGAUCCCCACCAACAGCGACAUUGUGGAGACUCUGAAAGAAGCAGCUGCUAAUUCAACUGCAGGCUUCAACCUCACCAUUGAUGCCACUUCCAUUACCGUCAUUAAAUCAGUGCAGAUAAUUCCACUGAUAAUCCUCACCAACGGAACCUUUGUGCCUGGGUUUUCCAAUAAAAGUUCUACUGAAUAUCAGAGCAGGGCUUUGAUGAUAAAAACAGGGCUUGAACCUUUUUUCCUGGCUGAUUACCCUGCAUCAUUCAGUACCAUAUUCGUGACAAACUUCAGUGAUGCCGGUGUAAAAUUAAAGACUUUGCCGAAGAUCCAAAACAGCAUGGAUGUUGUCUUUGGAGCAAACGCUGUUCUACCCAAUAGCGCCCAGAUAGUGAACACUGUAGUUCGAGCAGCCAGAAACAACUCGUUACCCUUCCAGAUCUUCACUUCUUCAAUUAUAAUAAAUGGAACAGAAUAUUCAUCAGCUGAAGUCAGCAGCAGGAUCAGUGUGUUGACCGCUUCAUUCCUGGUUGUGGUGUCGCUUCUGGUUCCAUGGUUUAACUGACCAUAACACUCAUGAGAAACAAGAUUCAGAUCUGUCUGAAUCCGUUAUCCUGACAUGUCUUGAUCAAAUGAAGGACUCGACUUAUUACUGAUGCUACUUAAUGAGUAGUAAAAAUUUAAAUUAAUCCUAUUCUGAGCACUUUAAACUAGAUCUAAGCUAUAUUGGACCAAAUCAGUUCUUGAUCUUUCUGUACCUAUAUCUGUAUGUAUUAUAAAUAGCUAUAUAAAUUAAGCCAAAGAUGUA